GGAAAAUUUUAAUUUUGACUGACAAAGUCCUCCUACUCUGAAACUCUCUUCAAUAGUCUUGAACUUUAACUCAACCAAACUCCAGAACAACAGGCGUCAAAAAAUUCCCCAAAUUUCCAACCCGAAAACAUGGCGGACGCCGGCGAAACUUCGUCUGCGGCGAGGGCUGAUUUAUACGGAGGAGAAGGAGAAAGAGGCGGCGGCGGAGGAAAGCUUCGAAGAGAGAGAAAGCCACCGGCAACUCCAUACGAUCGACCAGCAGGUGGUCGUUGGCUUUCGAGGUUUGUGGACCCCGCUAAACGUCUCAUCUCCGGCCUCCCUUAUUUGUUCUCUCCUGCUCCUUCCUCAAAUCUCGCUGAUGAGGUACAAUUAGAGGAAGAGCAAGAGGCUGAAGAUGCCAAUGAGAAUUGUGUAGUGGACGUUGUUGUUCAAGAAUCAACUGGCGGGGAUGGUCACUGCAAAGUCAAAGGGAAAUCGAAACUUGACAUUGUUGAUGAAGAUGGACUGGAUAAAAGAGGAGAUUGUUCUGAUGGAGUACCCGACAUCGAGCAGAUUAUCAAAGGGAAGACAUUCUCUAGGGAGGAUAUUGAUCAUUUGAUGAAGAUUCUACGUUCUAAAGUACCUGAUGCUGACCAAGACAGCGAAACCCCUGGGAUGACUGGACUGAAUGAGACUGAAAAGGCGGAAACUUCUAGUGGAAGGCAAAAGGCAUCAGUAGAUGAGGAGGAAGACUUGAAUAGAUAUCAAUUGGCAACCUCUACAACUUUUUCACGGCCAGCUAUGCAGGAUGAUAUUGGUGCUUCACCAGUUGAUAUAGCUCGAGCUUACAUGGGCUGCAGAACUUCUGAAAUGGGCUUUACAACUACAAGUUUAGUGCCAAAAAUUGAGAAAUUUGGUUUCCCUAGUGAAUUUUCAUCGAAGCCAGCUAAGCCAUCUCCUUUGCAGAAAGCUCCAAUAUGCUGGCCUGGUGCCGUCACACAGAAUCAGCUGGAUUAUUCAACGCCACAAAUUCGUAAUAAUAGAUCUGGCCUUCAUAGUUUCUCUCGUACUCCUUAUUCAAGGACCGUGUUUUCAAAAUCCAAGUCCAAGGUAACUCCAUUGCGUGGUGACAGUGAGAGAUUUCCUACCUUUACACCUGCACCCUUUCAACCAACUGCAACUCCUGUUUCUGGGAAGUCCAUGAACAAUAUGACAGAAGGUGGUUAUGGAUCUGGAGGUCCUGUUCGUAGGACGCGAAAUAAGUAUACUUCAGCUACACCUUCUAGGGAAUCUACUUUGUUUAGCACUGCACAGAGGAGUCCUUUGGCAAGAGAAUCCUUUGUGGAUUUAACGCCUAAGAAAUUUUUCGAGCCUGGGAGUUCCAGUACCGCUGUUUUCAAUUCUUUAAAUAGUAAGGAAAAGAGCCCGGAGGCUGGGGUUCAGAGUGUUCAUCCACACAGCAGUAGAGUUGCAAGGCAUAUAUUGGAACAACUGGAUAGACCAGUUACAGUAAAACAAAAAUCAAACGAGAUGAAGCUAGCUACCUCUUGGAAGGACUCUGCUGUUGCGGCUUUGGCUACACCUGUUCAAAACAUCAGUUCUUCAAGUACGCCUGAGGCAAGUGCUAGCAUUAAUAAGAAUGCAAAUGGUGUAAGUUUCUUUGCUCAGAUAAAUGGAAAAAACUAUGAUCUGCCUCAGGAAGGAACUCAUACUAUCACUGGUGCUGGAAAAGAUAUCUUUGGUUCUACAACAUCUCUGGAUAAAAAAAGUUCUACCUUUGAUGCCAGUAGUGGUCUAUCACAUAGUCGCGAAAAUUUCAACCCUCAAAGGAGUCCAGAGCAGGGAAUAGAUAAUAAUCUGCCAAAGACAUCUUUGGUAUUUGAAGCCCCAAGUAAAGCAGCAGCAGGUAGAGCUGAACCACAAAAUGCGCACAGAAAGCCAAUGUUACCAUCAAUUGCUAUUGGGAAGUCUAGUCUGGGAACUUCAUUUUCUUCAGUUAAUAACUCUGGUUUCACCUUUCCUUUUACCACACCUUCUGCUAUAUCUGCUGAGCCACCAACACCAUCGAUGACGCCAUCUUUCUUGACAAGUUCUCCUCAACAGUCCAAAGUUUCUGCCGAUCUUCCUGCAUUUAACUCUGCCAACAAGAUAACCAUUGCACCACCUGUUGUUGCCUUCCCAUCUACAACAAAGGGCUUCACUCCAAACGAUGCUUCAGUUCCCAAUUUCAAAUUCGGGUCAGGAAAGCCUAGGUUAUCCUUUGCUGUUGAAGGAGAUGAUACUCUCUCUCCUCCUAAUGAUUCUGCUAUCCCAGAGUUCAAAUUUGGAUCAGAAAAAAGUAGGCUAAACUUUGGGUCAAUUGCCUCCUCUGAUACUGUGUGCUGUUAGUGAUUCACUGGUUUCUUCUCUACAUCGGUUGACAAAGCGCGGUUUUUCUCCCGUCUUUUUGUAGAUUAUAUUGAUACAUCAAUGUCCUAUUCGUAUUGCUUUUGGUUAUUUUUAGUUUAAUUGGUCCCCGUUUUUAUGAACGAUGUGAGAAAUAGGCUGGACCUGAUAAAUGACUGUUCAAUGAAAGCUGAAGUUCAAGAUUCUUGCUCCCA